AAUCGCAAGAGAAACGAUAGUGGUAUGUGUGUGGAUCGUGAUAUGUGGAUCGAGGCCGUUUUUUUUUUGAGGUUAUCACGCGCAACGCUUGUCACCUGCAAUAAGCGUUGGAGGAAUCGUCAAGUAUUACAUGAUGGGAGCGAAACACCUAAUUUCCGUUUGCUCCCUGAUUUUCGUUUUCUAUCUCUCAGUUGUUUCCUGCGAAAUCGAGCCUCGUUAUGAUGAGAAACUUGAACUGGCCGCGACGUCGACAAAAUUGCCAGAGUUUGUGUCUGAGAAGCCGCAGGAUAGAUUAGGCUUUUUGCAUGCCUUCGUAGCAUCUUUGUCGGUGAUUGUGGUGUCAGAGUUAGGUGACAAAACAUUCUUCAUUGCUGCUAUAAUGGCAAUGAAACAUCCAAGAUUGACUGUGUUCGCUGGAGCGAUAAGUGCCCUUGCACUAAUGACUAUUCUGUCAGUGGUGUUUGGAUAUGCAGCUACUAUAAUUCCCCGCGCAUAUACAUAUUACAUUUCCACUUUUCUCUUUGCUGUAUUUGGAUUAAAAAUGUUACGAGACGGAUAUUACAUGUCGCCAUCAGAAGCGCAGGAAGAGUUGGAAGAAGUUCAGUCUGACCUGAGGAAAAGAGACGACGAGUACGAAAAGGAGACGGCGAGUACUUUGGUUCAGGAUCCCGAGACGGGAGUAAUACGAAAAACCACUAAAACCAGCGCGUUCAUGCUGCUAUCCAGGAUAUUCCUCCAAGCAUUCACCCUUACCUUUCUCGCGGAAUGGGGCGAUCGUUCUCAGUUGACAACCAUAAUCCUCGCGGCGAGAGAGGAUGUUUACGGAGUUAUAUUGGGUGGAGUAUUAGGUCAUUCGUUUUGUACUGGCUUAGCGGUAUUAGGGGGACGUAUAAUAGCUCAAAGGAUAUCAGUAAGAACAGUAACCAUUAUUGGUGGAUUAGUAUUCUUACUGUUUGCCGUAACGGCGCUCUUCAUCAAUCCCGUGGAAGAUGGUUGAAGAGAGCUUCCUCAACUUACUCCAGAGACUUCUACCAGUAUUUAUUUUGUGAACAUUGUACAUCGUGUAUAUUGUAUAAGAGCAUAUUGUAUAUUUGUGUACAGUGUGAUACUAUACUCAUUUUUACAGAAUGAGAUUAAUUAGGAAUUGGCCCAAUAUCGGCUCAGAAAACUGUUUUUAAUAAAUGUGAUAAUAAUACACGUACAUAUAUAUAAAUGUUUGUGAAUAUCGAAUGGGAAUGUUUAGUUAAACAUUACAUAUUAAAGCAUAGGCAAACAUAUACAAAUCUUGCAUCAAUUGCAAGAAUGAUCGAAAUAUAAAAUUAGCAAAUAUUAUUAUUAUUAAAAUAAUGUGUUCUAUAGAGAAUAAUUUUAUCGAAUCUUAAUAUAACAAUAAUUGGAUAAUAUCAAUGCGAGACAGUCAGAGCAUGAAAAUUUUGGUAGCUCUAAUGACAUUUUAAAUUUGAGUAUUUAAUU